AGAAGCUCAAUAACCGGGUUUUGUCUCGCCGAUUUCCUUAAUUCAACUACAGCAAUAAAGUUGAUCCGAACCAAAAAAAACACACAAAAACAAAUCAAUUUGCAAAUUCAAUACAGGCGUUGGAGCUUGGAAGUUAAAGUUGUCGAAGUGGGAAGCGUAAUUUGGUUGAAAGAUUCGUUCUUUUCUCCGACAAGAAUGUCCACAUCUGGGUUCAGUCUGUUCCUCGCUCUUCUACAUCUCACGGGUUUCUUAUUUCCGCUGAGAGUUUCUGCAAUAAGGAAGGAUAUCGGAUUUUUAGAAGAGCGGAGUUGCAGAACAACUGUCCAAGGAAGAUACUUGAUCUCCGAUGAUGAAGGCAAUGUGUGUGAUGCUCUGUCUUUGGAAUCUCGAACCCGUUGUUGUCCAUGGAAAGGAGAAAGAUUCUCUUGUCAUGGAUGCAACCUCCUUUCACAAUGCUGCAAAUCUUAUGAAUUUUGCGUUUCUUGCUGCUUGAAUCCGUCUCGGACGAUUCUUGCGCAGGUGGUUAAAGUAAAAGUUGCAAAGCCAGCUACAGCAGGGACUUACAAGACUGUGUUUGAUUUUUGUUCUGGGAGGUGCCGACAUAAUUCUGAGAGUGUGGUUCAUGAAAAUGCUUACCACAGCGAGUUUCACCAUUGUUUUUCUCUAACAUCAAAUGCUUCAGGGGCUAAUCUCACACAAGUUGAAACCAGACUACUUGGCAUUGACGUAAUCGUGGGAAGUCAAGGAGAUUCAUGCGAUGCAGUUUGCAAGUCACGUGGACAAUUGUGUGUGAUGAAUAAACUCUCACUUCUAAACCAAUGUGACGUUAUGAAAAGAUACAUGACCUGCAAAGGGUCGUGUUUAGCAAGUGCCGGGGCUGACCAACCUGCUGAAGUUGUCGAAGAUGCACCCAGAGAUUUGUAUCCAGGCGCGUGUUUGUAUACCCGGACAGAAUCAAUGCUGUCCUGUGACGGUUCACACCAACACACCCGACGACUCUGCCCAUGUGCCUAGAAACUAACCGAGAGAAAAAAGCAUCUGUCCACAUCAAGUGUAACGUGUGUGUGGCCUACAUUGAGAAUUAACUACAAGGCUACAGAAGCAGCAACGUAUUCUUUAGAUAUUUGUCACACACUAUAUGAGGUGCAGCUUUCUUGAACAGAGCCAAAAUGCCAACUUUGUAUUCAUCCACAGUCUCUCUCUCUCUCUCUCUCUCUCUCUCUCUUCAGCAAAUCAGCAAAGUGACUGGACAACAACACGAAAAAGGCCUUUAUGAACAGCUGGGAAUUCAAAGUUGUUUCAGAUUUGUGAAUGAAUACACAUUGAUCA